UAUUUAAUAUUGACAAUGGUUAUGUGUAUAUAAGUAUAUUGUCAUGGAGUGGCAUGCCAUUCUUUGUGGAAUGCAAUGUAGAUCAGCUCAUUUUUCAAACUCGGAAUAGAAACGUUUAUAUCAAAUUUAAUUUUUAUUUAUGUUAGACUUUCAUAUUUUUGCAAAUUUCCUGAGAAAAAUUAACAGUAUUGAUGUAUAAAUAAACUGUACUGAUAACCAUGUCGUACAGACUGAAUUUAAAUAAGAACUACGGCUCAGACGAAGACAAAAUAGUGAAUGCUGUGAUUGAUAAAAAUGAAGGAUUUCUUAAACGACACAUGGUUUUGUCAUCUUCAAUAGUAGGCAAGCUGCGAACAACCGGAGUUCUCAAUGACGUGGCUAAUGUUAGAAUGAAAGGAGAAAGCAACGAAUCACAGGUACAUAUACUACUAAGUGUAUUACGUCGUAGUGGAAUGCGAGUUUUCCGCAAGUUUAUUGAGGUAUUACGUACGUCAAUGGACAGUUGGGUAGCUGAUGUUAUUUUAGACACAAAUGUUGCAGAAACUGCUCUAAUGGGAAAAAAGUACACAUUAAUUGACCAUAUAAAUAAAGAGGACUAUUACGAAGAUACUGCGAGUACUGAAUACAAAGCAUUAGAUAUAAUACCUUACAACAUACCGCAAAUAUCAGACAAAUAUCCAAGCAAAAGAACAAUUUCUAAUUUAUCUGAAAAAAUGGCAGCUAUCAAAAGCAUGAAUCCCCGGGGGCAUGAUUUAGUAUCGUCGAACCAAUUACAGAGGAUGACAACUAUGUUUGACAGUGAAAGACAGACCCAAGAGGCAACUUUAGCCGUUUUAAGACAAGAAGAAAACGCAAUUAGAGAACUUCUAGAUCAAAACAUCAAAGAACAAACGCAGAUUCGAAGAAACCAAAGAUCUCUUUAUGAAAUCGACAAAAAGUUAAAGCAAAUAUCUUUGGAAACCUCUCAGUUAUCAAGUCCGUUACCAAGGUCAAACAGAGCUCGAGAGAGACUGAUGCAUAUUCAAAGAAUACCAAGGUUGAAUCUUUCGCGAGAUGAAUUGAUAAACAGUACCUGAAAGUAUUUUUUAAGUAUUUUCAAUAAAGCAAGCUAACUUUCGCAACCGC